AUGUCUCCGUCACUAUCAGCAGCAGACCUCUUCACAGUUAAAGACCCAGUCGCCGUCGUUACUGGCGGUGCAACAGGCAUUGGACUCAUGAUAGCCAAAGGUCUGGAGGAGAACGGAGCAAAAGUCUAUAUCGUUGAGCGUCGCAAAGAUGUGUUGGAAAGUGUCGCCAAGAAAGAAGCUAAAUACGGCAACUUCAUUCCUGUCGUAGGCGACGUAACCUCAAAGGCAGACUUGGAAUAA